UUCACUCCUUUCGAGUAAAUAAAAAAAUCCGAAAAACAGUGACCAAAUCCGAGAUAAACGAAAGGGUAAAUAAUGAAAAUUAUCGAGGAGCACGUCAGUUUUGGUGAAAAGCUGACCUGAGUUUGCGUGCGUUUCGGGUGCUUUGUAAGAUGGAAUUAUCACGUAGCAGCUUCAAACAUCAAAUGAAAAGUGUAGAAAAAAGACAUCAACAAUACCUAAUAAAUCACCAUCUUCCCAUUGCAAUAACCAACAGCGACAACAACAAACUACAGCAGCAGCCACAGACGACGAUCCACAGCAAAAAGGCACAAAACAGCAGGAAACAACGUCAAUCCUCCAAUGUUUUGAUCAAUCAUCCGCAGCUUUUAUCGCCUGCAUCCGCUUACAACUUUCAGCAGCAGCAGCAGCCAGAGCAAAAAAGCGAUCAGCAGCAUCACAGCACGGGACUAGUGGCCAAAACGCCCGUCUCCUUUCCCCUGUAUGAACUAGCUUUGCCCGCUACCUUGCUGGCAUUCAUCAUUUUUGGCAUCCUAUUCAUACUGGGCUUCACGAUCUACAAGUUUUUCAAGCACUUUUGCGGCGGCCACAAGCAAAAGCGACGUCUCACGAAGGACAACAUCUACUACCAGACCGUGCGGAAGCCUCAUUCCGCAACGACGCCCAUCAAAAGUCAAAAUACUCUCUUCUAUCGUUACCGUUUCACGCCCAAGAAAGCACUUGCUGGCAUGAACGAGGGCGGCCUGCUCGACGACGAGGACAUUUACGCGACAAAUAGCGGCGGCAGUGGCGUCAUUUCCAUCAACGAAGAGUCAAAAUGCAAAAAAUCGCCACCCCCAUCGCCGUACGUCGAAGAAGAGAUGCGCACACCAGACGGUGGCACUUUUAGCGGCGGCAACAGCAGCAAUCCCAACUCACCGAGUUUUAUUGUCUCCAUUCCGCAGUACACGGACGAGAUAAAUUCCAACUUGAAUACGCAGGACAGAAGUGCAUUACAAUUCCUGCAUGGCGACAUUCAUUAUGUGCAACCGAUGAUGAUGACGGCGACGACUCGUGGGCAAGCUGCGGAACAAGGACAAGCAUCGUAUUUGACGCAGGAGGAACAGGCGGCGGAUUGUGAUAAUUUGAACAAAAUCAAGCAGCAAAUUACGAGCUCGCCACGUCAAAAUACCACAGAUUCGUCGGCAUCGAGCCCACUUUUUACGGCAUGCGAAAUUAUUAGUGGCAGUACGUUGGGAAGUGCGUCGCGCUUUAGUUUCUCGCCGAAAAAUUUGAAAGAAAUGAGUGCGAGUCCGUUACUGCCGUCAGCGGGACUGAAACAUGGCAACUACUUCAAGUUUCCCGAAGUUGACAUCUUUACGCCGACCAACAAAACGGGCGCCGGCGGUGGCAACAACAACAACGAGGAUGACGAACAAGAUAAGGAAAUUGGCACACCAAUUAUCGAGAAUCUUCACAUCAGUGACGACAUCAUGCCAGAAGUCUACAAAACUCCUCUGAAUCUAGAAAUUGAAGAACCGCCGCCAAAUACUCUCACAAUUCCCGAAGCAGAACCGCACGAAAAAAGCGAAGUCACGAAAAACAACAAAAAUCUCUUAGCGGAACACCGAACGCGCACCCGUCGCGUUCGCUUAAAAUCCAUUUCGCUAGAUUCGGACCAAGCGCGUCUCGUGGAGGAAAACAUCGGAGUCCCCGUCGAAGAGCUAGUCGGUGGCUCGACUUCAAACGAAGCAUCUAGUCAAAUGUGUGGCGGCACGAACAGCGGCGAAUCAAAAUUAACGCGCUCCAAUACGGGUCGCGCACGCAAAAUCAACAAAUUCAACUUGACAAUUAACGUUGUUGAUCAAUCGGAGGGCAAUGCACGACGACCAUACAACGUUUUCAGCAAUGCCCCGACGACAGAAGCGGUUCCCGUGCCACCCCAAACCCCAAAGACCCCGAUUCAAAAGGCUGCCAGCUUGGAUUCGGAACCAACUUUUCUCCCACCCCCGCAUUCGCACACGCAAAAUGUGCCGAGUUCCUCGAUUUCGGUGCCGUCGACGCCAAAACGACAACCUUUCGCGGGGCCCAAACACAAGUACGCACAAAAAAUGUACACGACAGCCAACAAGUCGUACGGUUGCUUGCGUCAACCCUCGAUUGCGGACAGCGGAGCAAGUGGCAGCAACAAUAAUCUGUACCACUACUCGAAAUGCACGCGAAAAUUGCGAAGUUACGACGAAAAUAUCUCGUCGCUGAGCAUCGGUGGAGCAGAAAAGGGCGUCGAAGGCAAUUUGGAAGACGCGGAAACGGGAGGCAUGCGAAUGAGCACGAGUGGCAGUCAAAUGUGCAGCUUGCAAGUGACGAAAUUCAAUACUCUCAAUGUGUCAAACACGAAUUUGAAGACGUUACCAGAGUCCGAGAAGCUAAAUGACUUUAGUGAUGGUGCGCCGUCGCAACCGCUCUCUCUGGUGACGCCAAAAACCGAAGCCAUUCCAGCGACAGCAGCUAGUUCCGUCGCCACGGGCCAGAAAAAUAAAUGCAGUAUUUUACAGAGACGCGGAUCCAAUCACAGUCUCACACUCCAAAUCGACGGAUCCAUUUCCAAUUUGGCGCGCGGCUUAAGUCUGUCCAAUUACAGCUUGGGAGCGAUGCAGGGAUCCUCGUACAAUCUCAACAGUUCCAAUUACAACAUCGCCACAAGCAGUCAGACGAACGCAAAUUCGCUCGAGACGCAACAAUCGAUGCACCAAACGACGCAACUUCAGCAACAGGGCAAUCAACAAAGGUCGCAGCAGCGAAAACUCCUCCAAAGGCGUGGCAGCAACUGCAGUCUCACCCUAAAUAUCAAAGAUUCCAAUUGCAAUUUGAACCGUUUCAACAGUCAGCACUCCCUGAACAUCAACAAACGGGCUCUCAGCAUCUCGAAUUGCAACCUCAAUCGUCGCAACUUCACGUCGAGCCUCAAUAACGUCGUAGAUCGCUCGAAAAAUGUGCAUUUGCAGUCGAACGAGCAAUCCUCCAUCAACACCGAUCACGACGACGACCGAUCCGCCCCCGGAAAAAACGACGGAAAAGAUACCCGUAAAUUUUUGAGCUCGGAAAAUUUGCAUCACUUCACGGUCUGGCAGAAAUACAACGAAAACCAGACCCCCUAUGGCUCGAUAGACGAUUUAAAACGCACAACCGUUAUCAAGGACAUUGAUAUCGAUGACGAAUGGACCGAAGAACACGAAAAUUGCGGAAAUAUCGGCGGUCUAGCAGCUCGAAAUAUCUCGACGAAGCCACUAAGUCCGCAAUCCACGUCGGAAGACUUUAAAAUUUAUCUCGCCAAUAUUCAGUUUUUGCAAAAUGCGAGUCGGAGUCUCAAUGAGAAGCAGUUGCAGUCGCUGAACGAACUCUUCCAGAAGAGUUACAACGCGAAAGCCAAAGACGACAAUCCCGUAUUGGGCGGCGGUGGCAGCAGUUUAUUUAUGACCAAAGAAAUGGAAGACGAGGAACAAGAUCAGAAAAAUGCGCUGAUCAAGUUGCAUCAGGAGUUUUGGGAUUUGCCCACGAAUUAUCAAGAGAAACCGAUGGUUUUUGGAUCGCAUGCCAAAAAUAGGUACAAGACAAUUUUACCAAAUGAACAUAGUCGAGUACGAAUCGAUCCAGAGCCGAAUUCGACACAUGAAACGUACAUUAAUGCUAAUUUUAUCAAAGGUCCUGACUAUUCGCACAAUUGCUACAUCGCCACGCAAGGACCCAUGACAAACACCAUCUACGACUUCUGGCUAAUGGUGUUCCAAAACAUGCAAAAAAGCGAUGCCGCACCACCCAAAGACACAAAAAUCGCGAUGCUCACGGACUUCAUCGAGAACAAUCGCCAAAAAUGCGCAUUUUAUUUCCCCAAGGAACUAAAUGACGUCGUUGCGUUCAGCGGCGCCAACAUCCCCGAGGAAAAUGAAGCAGUUCUCACGAAUGUCGAAGCAAUUCUGGAAGAGUUACGUGCCCGCACCGACGGCAACACGGAAGAAAGCGAAUUAUAUUUCCGGCCGUCGUUCAACUACUUCCUCAUCCAAAACGUCGAUAUCCGAUGCAAAAACGGAUAUUCCAUCCGUAAGCUGCGUGUCAUCUAUUCCUUCAUAGAUUGCGAUGAUGCGCGCGUUCUUCUCGAAUUUCCCGUGUUCCAUUACUGGUUUCCCGAUUGGCCGGAUCACAGAUCGCCCGAAGAUAUCGACGGAUUGCUCGAUAUGAGUUUGGAUCUGCUGUUUGGCGAUUGUUAUAUUGAUUUUCCGACGCCCUCGAAGGAAAUUGCAACGUCGCCAAUUGACACGGCAGCGGCAAAAGACACAACUUUGCAUCUCAAACCGCACUUGAUCAUCCAUUGCUCGGCUGGCAUUGGACGAACGGGAUGUCUCAUCGCCAUUCUCAAUGGGCUGCGACAAAUUAAACAAUCACUGGGCAACGGGGACUCGGAAAAUAAGGAUCCCGAUGCCAAUACCGCCAAUCUCGCGGUGGACAUUUUACAAAUUGUGUGCAAUUUAAGGAUUCAACGUGGCGGCAUGGUGCAGAAUUCAGAACAAUAUGAACUCAUACAUCGCGCCAUCUGUUUGUAUCAUCAAAGACUUAACUUAGAGCUAGAGAAUCAUCUUUCGACGCAGCUAUGAAAGGUUCAAUUUAACCACUAAGUUUAUCAAUAAGGAUUAAGUUGACAUUUUUCUGGAGGUUUUAUACACUUAUAAAUAUAUUUAUAUUUCGUACACACACAAAAAAUACAAAAAAAAAAUCAGAGAGAUAAGUAGGUAGCUAAUUUACUGACCACACAAAUGAAAAAACCUUUUUUAUCAUUAUUUUUAAGGGAUAACUCUAGUUUUAUACGUAAGAGAGGAAAAUUUUUCAUCAUCACCAGUUUGUUAUUACGGAAAAAAUAUAUAUUUAUUAAAAUUUUAGUUUUAUACUCUAUAUAUCAAAGGAAUUCCCGAGGGAAGGAAACAUAAAUAAAAAAAUUCAUGUUCUUAAUAUUGUUGUUCUAUAUGAAAAAAGAAAAAUUAAACAUAUAAACGUGCAUGUUACAAAAAAAAAUGUCAAAAAAAAUCACCCAUCGAUGAUAAAUCUAAUUGAAUUUUUACUAUUUAAUAGACAAGGAGACAAAAAAAAACGUAAAAAGGGAAACUAUUUUAAGAUAAA